AUGGUGGCAGAGCGAUACGUAGUCGACCCGCUGCCAGCGCUCUUAUCCCCAGUGAUGAUGGUCCCGGAUGAGCCCCUUGCUGCAGCAUGCAUACCUCCCUCCCACCCACUCUACAAUGCAACGCUCACCGAUGGUGGCAGAGCGAUACGUAGUAGACCCGCUGCCAGCGCUCUUGGACCCCGUGAUGAUGGUUUUAUCUGCGCCCUCCCCCACCAUGAUGAGCCCCUUGUUGCGGAAUAUAAUGGACUCGUGGUACGUCCCCGCGCGGAUGAAUAUCACAAACCGCCCGUCCUUGGGUGCUGCUCCCAACGCACCCUGUAUGAGGUUAAGGGGGGUGGGGGAGGGGGAAGGGGGAAUUGGGGGGGCCUCACAGCACCUCAACAGGCCUCACAGCACCUCAACAGGCCUCACAGCACCUCAACAGGCCUCACAGCACCUCAACAGGCCUCACAGCACCUCAACAGGCCUCACAGCACCGAAACAGGCCUCACAGCACCUCAACAGGCCUCACAGCACCUCAACAGGCCUCACAGCACCUCAACAGGCCUCACAGCACCUCAACAGGCCUCACAGCACCUCAACAGGCCUCACAGCACCUCAACAGGCCUCACAGCACCUCAACAGGCCUCACAGCACCUCAACAGGCCUCACAGCACCUCAACAGGCCUCACAGCACCUCAACAGGCCUCACAGCACCUCAACAGGCCUCACAGCACCUCAACAGGCCUCACAGCACCUCAACAGGCCUCACAGCACCUCAACAGGCCUCACAGCACCUCAACAGGCCUCACAGCACCUCAACAGGCCUCACAGCACCUCAACAGGCCUCACAGCACCUCAACAGGCCUCACAGCACCUCAACAGGCCUCACAGCACCUCAACAGGCCUCACAGCACCUCAACAGGCCUCACAGCACCUCAACAGGCCUCACAGCACCUCAACAGGCCUCACAGCACCUCAACAGGCCUCACAGCACCUCAACAGGCCUCACAGCACCUCAACAGGCCUCACAGCACCUCAACAGGCCUCACAGCACCUCAACAGGCCUCACAGCACCUCAACAGGCCUCACAGCACCUCAACAGGCCUCACAGCACCUCAACAGGCCUCACAGCACCUCAACAGGCCUCACAGCACCUCAACAGGCCUCACAGCACCUCAACAGGCCUCACAGCACCUCAACAGGCCUCACAGCACCUCAACAGGCCUCACAGCACCUCAACAGGCCUCACAGCACCUCAACAGGCCUCACAGCACCUCAACAGGCCUCACAGCACCUCAACAGGCCUCACAGCACCUCAACAGGCCUCACAGCACCUCAACAGGCCUCACAGCACCUCAACAGGCCUCACAGCACCUCAACAGGCCUCACAGCACCUCAACAGGCCUCACAGCACCUCAACAGGCCUCACAGCACCUCAACAGGCCUCACAGCACCUCAACAGGCCUCACAGCACCUCAACAGGCCUCACAGCACCUCAACAGGCCUCACAGCACCUCAACAGGCCUCACAGCACCUCAACAGGCCUCACAGCACCUCAACAGGCCUCACAGCACCUCAACAGGCCUCACAGCACCUCAACAGGCCUCACAGCACCUCAACAGGCCUCACAGCACCUCAACAGGCCUCACAGCACCUCAACAGGCCUCACAGCACCUCAACAGGCCUCACAGCACCUCAACAGGCCUCACAGCACCUCAACAGGCCUCACAGCACCUCAACAGGCCUCACAGCACCUCAACAGGCCUCACAGCACCUCAACAGGCCUCACAGCACCUCAACAGGCCUCACAGCACCUCAACAUACACGCAUAUUCGCACACACCCAGACGACUUUUGA